AUGCUUGGGGCUGCCUUCGCGAAUCCCGCCAGAUAUACUGACCACGAGACUCUGCUCAAUGUCGCAAGUGCCUCCUUCGAGGGCAAUGAGUUUAAAACAGAUCCUGGAGGGAACGUCACGGGUCGACAGACCAUCCUACACUACAGCCUUCUGGUCAAAGCCAACUUGAUUCCCUUGAAGCAGUUCGUCAACAAAUCAUUAGAGCUCAAUGAGAGUAUAACAUCUGCUCAUGUCGCUACUUCUCUCUAUGUUAUCCCCAACCAAGAGUCAAAGAGACAACAUUCCAACUCUUUUAAAAAACUGAAACUCCCUAUGAUAGCCCAACUCAAGUUCAAUCCUGCUUUGGAAAAUGCCCCUAAUGAGUGUUCCCAUCUUCUUGCAGGCCUCCCGCAUAACCAGCACUUCAAGUGCCUUAACCCGCCCAACCGCAAGCUCCCCGUCAUGACUUUGAUCAAGUCAAUAAUCGACCAUGUGGUCCUUCCUCCGAAGUUACCCGGAGAAAGAGAAAAGAAUUAUCAAGAAAUAUCCGAUGAAAUCCUCAAAAGACUUGUUCGUGCCUGCGAGGCGGCAAAAAGUCUGGCAUAUCCACCGUUCGCCGAUGCUUUUAUCUCUCUGAGCGAAUCUCUCCAAGCAGCCAUGGAUCUGAAUCGGGGACAGCUUGAACGAGAGACACUGAUAAAGCACUUCGGUAAACUUCAACCAAGCACUGUUCUUAUUUGCUACGUCGUCGAACAAAAUGCUGCAGUUUUAAUUCGACGUGAGAAUGACCAAAAUAACCAACAGUCCGUCGUGAUAGAAUGCUUCGAAGCCUCGCCCACGACUGAGCAUGUGUUGGCCGCCGAUAAUGCCAUGGAAUGGGAUUUCCCGGGGCGUGCUGUGCGCUUGAGUCUCAGCGACUUUAAGGACGAGAAACUCCAAAAGAAUCUUUCUGCCUUUCUGGAGCGGGCCAGCAUGGAAGCUAUUCACGGUCUUCAAGCAAAGGCCAACAAAGCAAAUGUGUCAGUCGCCGAAUCUCGAGACACCUCCGGUCCUGCUCUUAUUUCCGAGAUGCUCAUGGUUCUCCUGGAGGCUAUUGGCGAAUUUGCUCAUGUUACAAAACUCAAAAAGAGAGUAAGAGAUGAUGUGAACUUUGAGACGGGUUUGUUGCCGUGGAGAAGAUUGCCCUUUUGGCUUAUAUUGCGAGUGGCGGCUCAGAGACACCUUCAUCUGUCGCUCGGCGGAUCGGGAAGAGCAAGCUACAAGCUGUUAAUGGGCAUAUUCUUUGCCCAAUUGCUUCAAGAUUCUACAAAUGAGCUCGUUUCCCUCAACAAGACAGAUGAACACAACAAAAAAUUGAGGCUUGAUCCCAACAUGAUCAUCACUCUUCGGACGAAGUUAUGCCGCCGUAUGGUCAAGCUAGAGCAGGAAAAAGCCAAUCUUGAGAUGCACAGUGAACAUUUCGAAAGAAUUUUCGGUCGUGUUGCUCCGAAGAUCAGAAUCACCAUAGAGCUUUCAAAUGAUCGUGUUGAAAAACUGUGGGGUGGCUUCAAGCGAAAGACAAUACGAAAGGUCGAAAGUCUCCAUCAGAGAGCCACUGAAAAAUCUCUCCAGCUCUCACUUAAGAAAAGCGGCAGCUAUCUCCAAGAGCGCUUAAAAAGUUACAAAUCACCAACUAUAUCUUCCAAAGAUGGCUCACUGGAUCUUCCCAAUCCAUUGGAAAAGCCUGUCCAAGAAAUUCAAAACUUUACAAAAAAGAUAUUCCAAUUGGCAUAUAUGGAGAAAAGUCUUAAGCUAGGCAUUCCAUCAAAGGGAUCUACUAUUGAAGACACUCAAGCCUGUUGGUCCCAAAUCGUGAAGAGCAUCCGGAAAGUGUCUCUGGCUGUUGGAAAUACCUAUGAUGGCGAUCCUAUCCUUCAAAGUAUCAAGAUCCUCACAAUUUUCGAGCUUUGGAUGGGAAUGGAUGAGUGUUCACUCACGAUUUGGCCCCUACUAGGCGAUUACAAGCCCGUCUUUGUGCCUGAACUCCUCGACGCGCUUCAGUUGCCUGCACUGCCCGAUAUGAAGCGGCUGCUAGUAGUCCAAAGGUAUCUGGCUAACCGUCAUGCGCAAGCUCGACACGAUCAUAUUUUUAGUACGCUUGGAAGUUCCUCCUUCGCCCUCCGGUAUGUAAAGCAGACCAAGAAGAUGAGGGAGUUGUUGGAGUCAAUUAUCACCUCGUCGAACGACAACCGCGUUGCUAAGACACAAGAGUGGGAAACCAAAACGGCCGAAUAUGAAGAACACUCUGUCCAAAUGGAAUUAUUGAGCUGCUUGUGUACUCAUUAUGAAAAUGGUAGAUCAGACUCCCAUGGCUGCGAGAAACACUGGCACCAAAGGAGCAGAAGGCGCAUUACAAUUCAGCAUCAUGAGGAUUUUCUCCCAAAGGACGAGGUAAGAAGCCACAUGAUCGUAUUUGAGCUGGGAAUACCUUUGAAUCUAUCCAUAUAUCGCGAUGAAACAUGGAAAAUCUUUAGAGACCUGGCACAUCCCACUCUCCCGCCACCCCAAUCGCCUUCUACGACCUUGGGUGAAUGCCCUCACCUACAGGGUUUCAUGGCACCACACGAGAGACGCAUAUCGCUUGCGUCUGAAAAGAAAUGCUUCAUUCAGACCCAUUACAAAUUUAGUCAUGGAUUAGUGCCUCUUGAAAAGAUCAUGUUGCCAUUUGCAGCAGAUUUCCAGCCAUUUGACCACGAGGCCAAGAUUUGGGUUCCGGAUCUCUUUAAGACUUCUCCCACGCUGUAUCACCUUUGCGAAAUCCACGUUCCAGUUGGACUUUCAACAACAGUCCUUAAGCCACAAGUGUACCCGGCUAUGGAUUUUGACGGACCAUCUUCCUACGAGAUUCAAGCCAACCUCACCAAAUGCCCUCCCGGCAAGUCAGUGGCAGAAUUCUCAGCAUACCAGAAACUUCUCGCCGGCAAAUCACGCCGUUGGCUCAAUAUCCUUGUGGAACUAGGCUCUUCCAACCUGAAUUUCAGCAGUGAGGACACGACUUUAUUCCUUUCUCAAUUGGCUGUUCAGGCCGGACCACGUGUUCAUGAAGGCUUUGACGAUCUACGAGAUGUACAUUUGGUGCUGAAGGAGAGGGAAUUUGUCCAGCAAUUAAAAACCCAGAUUCAAAUUCGAUUGGAGUCCAUCUAUACUAACUGGAGGGAAACGAACUGCAUGGAACUUCUUAUCAACUUGAGUUUGCGUGCCUUCUCUUUAUCGUCCGACGACGAAAUGCGCAGUCAGUUCAGGGAGCUUCUCAUAUCUGCGAGAGAGGCUACUCUCAUGUGGAUCACAUCGUCUCAAGAAGAAUCAAGGAGGAUCACGCAUAACAAAGACUCUGACCGAAUCGCUGCCUAUGGGCUUAAAGCAUCACUGCUAUGCCGUCGUACUUUCGAGAUCAAUCUUGGCUCUCAAACAGGUUUAUCAGCAAUGGACCUUUCAACUUGGAUCCGGGCUUCGAUAGCACUUCAGGAAAAUCCGGUAAUGCGAGUCCCCAAUAUUUCAGAUCAAAUUAGAAGCAACAUGAUUCACGAUGCAAGGAUGGCUUUUCGCAUCAGUUCUAUGGUUCAAGCUGCCGUCAACAAUCAUCCACAGGUGAUAGAGGAGGUGAUUAGCGUUGUUUGGAAGGGACUUAAUACCAAUGCGGUGCAAUCUAUACCAUCUUGGUCAUAUCUUCCGCCUCCACGCUCAUAUUGGAUUCAGUACAUUGUGCCCGAGGAUCACGAGCACUUUCGAAGCAAGCAAGUGCUUCACUUACAUAUUCUUGAAGGCCACUUCCUUGUGAACGGAAAGCGGCGAGGGAGUCUGCCCCCUAAUUUUCGGAUUGAUCCGUCCGUCAAGCUUCUGUUUGGGAACUGUAAUCUGCGUGUUUAUGCUUCGGCCAUGAUUGGCAUGGAGUAUACUAUUGCUGAUCAAUUCGAACGUCAGCGUGUUCACCUUGGAAUGCGCAAUUCUCGCGCAGUGAUUUGGACAGAAGGAAAGAACGGGCUCUUUGAGUUUGUACCACGCGAGAUUUUUGAGUCUUCUGGCACAUGGGAUUUUGAUCUGCCAAUGAGUCUACUGAGCGCUUGCACCCAUUGGCUGAAUCUGAAUACGGGAAUCUUGGAAGUUCGACGACACCCGUCGACUUGGAACCGGCGACUACGAGACUGGACAAUUGACCUUGACAAAAGACGGGCAACUCGUGGUGAAAAAGUGAGUCUGGUUGAUCCGCAUUCUUCGGAAUUCAGACAAAUAGCCAGAACAUUUGAGCACUUUGAGGCGCCGCGGAAGUUGACAGUCUUCCAGUCAUGCUCACAAAGGGGUAAAUUAUCCGUCGAGCUUCGUCACUUGGAUCUUCAGUUCCAUGUCAAUAGUAGUGGCUUGCUCUUCUGUAAGCAACUUAGGGCUAAUAUUGACAUUGACCAAGAUGCCGGAACUUGGUACGGACUUGCUAGCAAAAUUGUGCUACGAGACGCCGCGGAUAAAAGCAAGAGAAGUAUCAUUAUACCUAACGGAAAAUUAUCACAGAGAGUACAGCUGGACUACACUGGUAUUCACGUGUCUGCCUCCUUUCAGGCAUCCGACGGGUACUUUAGGUUUGACAUCGACCAAACACUUGGCCGCUUAUCAUCACAGCCAGAGCCGCUUUUGUUGUACAGAAUGGCCCUGUGCCACGCUGUGACAUCCUUUUGCUUACCAGAUCCUCUCACGGGAGUUACCGGCACAGAAGAAGCGGUACGAAUUCUCCAAUCAGGCGCAGCACAACCUUGGUCUCCUUCGUCUUUCUCAGAUCUUGAAGAGUUUGCGUUUCUUCUCCCUCAGCGAGAGUACUACCCUCGUGAUUUAAAACGUCUGCAAAGAGUAGCGUGGAAUAGCAAUCUUACGACGACAAUCCAAAGUGAUCAGUUUGGGGGUCUCAUCCGCGAAAUUGAGAGACAAGCAGGCAACUUGGCAGAAUUUUUACCUAUAGCCAACGAGAAAGAGAAGUAUAUCGCAAAAGAAACGUCGCAGCUACGCCUCCGUGCGCAGCGUCGUCGCUUGCUCUAUGAACGUACAACGGAGGAUACUGCAAACCUAAGCCAGUCAUAUCUACUUUACGUACCUCGUGAUAGACAGUCAACUCUAAGAGCCUACCGCGUACACAAAGUUGCCGAAAUGAUACAUUCCCGUUCUCUGCACAUAAACAUGAGCCACAGUGUCAAAGAGAUCCUUGAUAACUGGCAUAAUAUCGGUGGUUUUAACGAAGACCACUCCCAACUUGAGACGGCAAGCCUCAAAUGUCAAAUUGAAUCUGAGAUCAGGCAGAUUUGGGGCUCCCUGAUAAAGUUGUGCUGUAGCGAGAAUGACCAGCUAUCACUAACUUUUAGACUAUGUCUGCUGGUGUUCGACGCCAGAUGCAAUGUGGACAUUGUUCUAUCUUUAGGAGCAUUCUGCUAUAUCAAAGAGCUUCAAGAUUUAGAGCAACCUAAUCAUGGCACAUAUGUAAAAUUCAGAGACCGUGAACCCAUCUCAGUCGAGGUCAUCCAGAAGCUCAUCUCCAAGUCAUUCCUGCCUUCCCCUACUACGACAUAUGAGGCGAAUCAAAGACAAAAAGAGCAAGCAGAGUAUAAGAAAACGUGCGAAAGCCAGGGAAAAAAAUUCGCUCAGCGUGUACUGAGACAAUGGCCCGAACUUCCGGUGGCUAUGACCUCUGGUGAUAUAUCGGCCAUAAAUGUUUCCUCUGCCUUGAAAGCGAUUCAACCAGAGUGGGAUCGCAGGAAACAAAAUAUCCAGUUGGCAGCUUAUGUUGAUCAGGUUGAUGCCAUUCUUAGCCGAUAUCGUACCAAGCCUCGUGGUGCGAAAUUACUACGCUGGCCGGCAACUUGGAAGAAUAACCUGUUCUUUUCUCUUUCCGGCUUCAAACACCAAGACAUCAUUCCCUCUAUUUCCCAAGAUUUGGUGACCAGAGUUGGUCCAGACCUCGCCUACGUUAAGAGCGAUUUUUCAACCAGGAUGAUCGAUUUUCAAGCGCAAAGCAACAAAUCUCGAGAAACACCGGUUGUACUUUCAAACAGUUUCACCGAACUGGAUCAGAUUUUGCACUCCUUCUCUCAGUCGCCCAACGCCCUACGCCAGGAUUUUGGCAUCGAUCUUUUGCGCAGCUUAGCAAGUUUGCAAUCUCUUAACCAAGGAACGAGCACUAUUCCUACACAGUGCCUUCCAGAAGCAGAAGAGGUUACUAAUGCUAUCCAAGCACUCCAAGUGACUGUGGUUGCGUACCGGGAGUCCAUUCGAGAUGCAUUUUGGUCCGACGAUGCUCGCCUUACAUGGCUCACCUUGGGUGAUAUGCUGCCCUGUCGGACACAAAUCGAAAUCUUGAGACUGUUGCAAACUCGAGCCAAUCAUCAAUUUGGCAGUGGAAUGAAGGAGGCACUCGUACACUACGGUUGCGCGAUUGCUGAGAUACAGCGGUUGCGACGCCUCAGAACUGCUAUUCUGCUAAGAGAUCACCGCGCCGUAACUGAGGAGCUUCAUAACGUCGGCCAUGAGAAUUGGGAUCCUGUAAAAGAAAGCCCAGACUGGCUACUGCUUGAGAUUGACAGCAACAUUUUGAUUCGCACGGACCAAAUUGAUGUUGCGCGGGAUAUCAUCAAACCUGUCUCUGGUAGGAAUAGUGUGUUGCAGAUGAAUAUGGGAAGAGGCAAGACAUCUUGUAUUAUGCCUAUGGCUGCAGCUGUAUUAGCAGAUGGUCACAACGUCUCUCGUCUCAUCGUGCCAAAAUCUCUCAUAAUGCAGACGGCCAACAUGAUACACUCGCGACUGGGAGGCCUUGUUGGGAGAAAACUGCAUCAUAUUCCAUUCUCUCGCCAGACGCCAACGACGGAAAAUUCCCUUCAGCUGUAUAAGCAACUGCAUGUGGAUAUACAAAAAUCGAGAGGAUUGAUCUUAACGAGCCAUGAACAUGUGUUGUCGUUUAGGCUAUCAGGACUACAGCGCCUGGCGGACAAUAAAGCUAAAGAAGCAAAAACGAUGAUAAACUUCCAGAGCUGGCUUGAUACUCACUGCCGAGAUAUUUUGGAUGAGUGUGACUUCACGCUAUCGCCCAAGACUCAGCUCAAUUAUCCCAGUGGAUCGGAAAAGGCGUUCGAUGGACACCCCUUCCGAUGGCAAGUCGCAGAAGACAUUUUGUCCAUGGUAUCAGAUUACAUACCACGAUUGCAGGCAUCUUUUCCUGGGAGUAUAGAGAGGUUGGCAAGUUUUGGGGGAUUUCCAGCCGUCCAGUUCUUGAGAAGUGACGUCGUGGAUGAACUUCACCGGCUUAUAGUGGAUGAUGUUGCCGGCGGUAAAUUACCAAUCCUUCAUAUUGAGCACAAUUUGCACGAAGACACACGAAUGGCCAUCAGGCGAGUCUUAUCUGACAAGAACUUUGACGCGAAGGCCUUUGAGAAAGCCACCAGCUGUUUCCCUAAUCCUGACAGCACUGCAAAAGUACUACUUGUCGUUAGAGGAUUAAUUACUCGGAAGAUAUUAGUGCUUUGUCUGUCGAAGAGAUGGAAUGUUCAAUAUGGUCUUCAUCCAAACCGACCUCCCCUCGCUGUCCCUUUUGCAGCAAAGGGUGUGCCUUCAGAGCUGUCCGAGUACGGUCAUCCGGAUGUCGCCAUCUUGCUCACCUGUUUAAGCUUUUAUUCAGCCGGAUUGUCAUACGAGCAGUUUCUACAUGGCCUAAAGAAUGUGUUGGCAUCUGAGGAUGCAGAAUCAGAGUAUGGAAAAUGGGCUUCAGAGUCAACUCUGCCCCCAUAUCUGCAACAUUGUACUCUCAUCAACUCAGAUGAUGAGUCUCAGAUGAGACUACUCUGGAAUCUCCUUUGUCGCACUCGAGCAGCGACCAACUACUACAUGAACAAAUUUGUCUUUCCGUCACAUGCGCGACAAUUUACUAUCAAGCUCCAAGCCUCAGCGUGGGAUAUUCCUCGAGAUUCUGGAGAGGAGACUGCCUGUGCUGCAAGAACGACAGGUUUCAGCGGCACCAACGACAACAAAUAUUUACUACCCAUGAAUAUUAAGCAAGAAGACCUCCCUGGCUUGAUGCAGACUAAUGCCGAAGUUCUGUCGUAUCUAUUGCAGCCUCGCAAUCGGAGAUACUCAGUCUUGGUUGACCGCAAUCUUCGACGUCUCAGUGAACACGAUGUUUUGAAGAAGAUGCAUGAUCAAAAUAUCCGGAUUCUCAUCGACGCAGGUGCAUAUAUCAUUGAGAUGGGCAACAGAGAACUGGCACAAUUGUGGCUCCGGGUUGAUGGACAGGCACAAGCCGCCGUUUACUUUCGUUCAGACAACAGGGCUUGGGUGUCCUUUAGAGAUACUGCUAAGCAAGACAUGCCGCUACUGGCAACAAGGCUCGCAAAUAACCUGGAGAACUGUCUCGUGUAUUUCGAUGAGGCGCAUACGAGAGGAGUGGAUCUAAAACUACCUGAGGAUGCACAUGCCGCACUGACUUUGGCACUGAAACAAACGAAAGACAAUACUAUGCAAGCGGCCAUGCGUCUUCGACAACUACGAACAACGCAAUCUGUGACAUUUUUCGCACCUCCAGAAGUUGAUAUGAGCAUUAAAGAUGUCUGCCGCGGCCGAUUGCCAAAUACUACCAAUAUUGAAUCUUCCCAUGUCAUCUUUUGGCUUCUGGAGCAAACCUGCAGAGUAAACGAAGAUUUGCAACCGCUUUUCCAGGCACAAGGCUUUGACUUCUGUCGGCGUUCAAAUGCAGUGUUGCAAUACCCAAAAUUCUUAACUUCGGAGUUUUGCAAGUAUGGUUUUCUGGAAUUGCAGCACAGACAAGAACAUAUGACUCUGAUGGAAUUAUACGGCGGCACAUCCAACUCUCUAUCAUCGCAGCAUCUGGGAAGUGUGCGUUCUUCUCGCCUUCAAGAAUUCACCGAUAAGCUAUCAAAAUAUGAUAAUACUGUUAUCUGGCAGGCAGACGCAUUUAGCGAGAUAGAGCAAGAGCGCGAGCUUGAGACACAAAUCGAAACUGAGCGCGAAAUGCAAAAGCCUGUUCAUUACAAAGCACUCGAAUAUCCCGGACUGAGUGCGGUAAUCCUGUACUUCUUCAGGACUGGAAAGCUGGAUACCACUGGCAAAGAAAUCCAUCACGCUUUUGACUAUAUCGGGGCUACUGAAGUUGGUAAAAGGCAUGGUAUUCGCGAUACCGGAUCGAAACUCUUUGUCUCGAAGGAAUUUAGCCGAACUAUUGGGCUCAAUGAGAAAGAUUACUACGUGGGUGAUUGCUUUUUGCGCCCCGUGGAAUGGAUCCUCUGGAGCCCGUCUACCCGGACUGCUCUGGUGAUUAUGCCAGAAGAAGCUGAACUUCUGAUUCCGAAACUUCGACUUGCCCGUGGCAAACCAAAAGUUCAUCUAAUCGCCUACGCGGCUCCUAUCACUCGAGCCAUGGUGCCAUUCAACAACCUCCGUUAUUAUUCGCUCCCACCAAUCUCUCUUAACGCCACGUUUCCUACAUGGCUCAAGAUCGAACUCGGAAUUCUUUCAGGUCGGCUUUACACCAACUAUGAAGAGUGGAAGCUUACGGAUGAUUACAUUAGAGGCCCAGGGCGUAGUUUAUCUAUCACUCCUAUGUUUCUUCAUAAAUGGCUUGCUGUUCGCUGUAGAGCUCAUGAUGUACUCCAAACGCCGAUGGGUUACAUCUGCCAGGGCCGAACGGCGACGGAGGCUCAUCCUUUCUUUGUCCAACAAGCGACCGUAGUCACUCCUACGCUUCCGGUUGCCCAGGUUGAGGAUCCCGUUGAGGAGAUAAAGGAUGAACAGUGGGAAGAAGACGGCAGCCUUGAUGAAGACGGCAGCACCUAUGUCGAUGGAACCGAAGAUAACAAUGUCGAAAUAUACGAUAGCGACGAGGGAAAUGAUAGUGAAGAAGAAGAUGAUGGUGAUGGGGGAUAUUAG